GAGGAAUGCUGUCAGCUGACCGAACUCUGGAACGUCUCAGCCUCCCCUUCCUCUGAGUAGGUAUAUAGAAGCUUCGCGCGCAUCACUCUCAUCUCCGUUUCUCUCUUCCUAUGUUCUUUCCUCCAUAGCCGCUACUCACUAUUCCCUUAUCCAUAUCCCCCCCAAAAAGAUUCCCAUAUAAUCCCUAAGCCAUGCGUUCACUAUCCCCCCUCCUCAUCCUGUUAUCCACCCCCACUGUCCACAGCUGGGGCGAGCUCGGCCACCGCACCGUCGGCUACCUAGCUGAGAAAUACCUAACAACGGAUGCAACAGCCAUGGUCACCGAAUUACUCGUGAAUGAUAAAGGCUAUGACAUUUCAGACGCAGCAUUGUGGGCGGAUAGUGUGAAGAGGAGGACGGGAUAUACGCAUACGAGGGUUUGGCAUUAUAUCGAUGCAGAAGAUGAUCCGCCAACGCAAUGCGGCAUAAAGUAUAAUCGCGAUUGCAAGCCUAAGAAAGGCUGUAUUGUUUCUGCAAUUGUGAAUAUGACAAGCCGAAUAUCCUCCCCAAAACUCGACUCCACCCAACACAAAGAAGCACUAAUGUUCCUAAUCCACUUUCUCGGCGACAUCCACCAACCCCUGCACACCGAAGCCCUGGACCGCGGCGGCAACGACAUCCACGCAUGUUUCGACUCGCAUUGCUCGAAGAAGGAAAAUCUGCAUUCCAUCUGGGACACGCAAAUCCUGCACAAGUCGCGCGGCCUGCCUGCUAGUGAGUCCGACGAUAAAGUCCUCAAAGAUGCCGCACAGACCUGGGCAACGGAACUCUUUGAAGCGAGUAGUUUGCGCGUGUGGAAUUGGGAUACUGUGGCAGAAUGCAAGGAUUUGAAGAAAGCAGAGGACUGUGCGUUAAAGUGGGCGGGGGAGAGUAAUAAGUUAGUUUGUGGAUAUGUACUUGAGAGGGGGGUGGAGUGGAUUGAACAGAAUGAUCUUGGAGGUGAGUAUUUUGAGGGUGCGGUGCCGGUUGUUGAUGAGAUGGUUUCGAAGGCUGGGCUGAGGUUGGGGACUUGGUUGAAUGAGAUCGCAGGCGCAAGGAGAAGGGUGGGAUUGUUGAGAGAGCAGGAAAGGAUGGAAAUGUGAGGAGUCUCUUCUAGAUAGGUGAGGUAUUGUGUGGUUUGGAUGAAGACCUGGCAAAAUGGUUGGAUUUGAGGGGAGAUUUACAGGUUAUGUUCCCAGCAAAUUUCCCUUCGACUAUUUUUUUUUCAGUUGAAGAUAGUGUCAUGCUGCCCGUCUUGAUUCAGGUUCUUUUCCAUCAUGUCCCAGAAUCUGAAGCCGCCAU